AUGGACGAUUUUAUUGACCUGAGCGACGACCAAUGGGAGCGUCUCGAGCGCGGCGAGAACAUCUCUUCUCCAAUCCGCGGCGCCGGCUGCGCCUUUGAUCGCGCCGGGAAUCCCGCCGGGAAUUCCGCCGGUACUCCCGCCGCUGAUCCCGCCGUAAAUUCCGCCGGCGAUUGCGGCCGGCCGAUGGACCCGCGUUUGGCGCUAGAGCUAGAGGAUGAGCGGGAAGACGUCGAAGCGCGUUUGCAGAAAAUACAGGAGGAAGUCGAGUCGCUGCUGGAGGAGCAGGAGCAGCUAAUCAAGAGACGCGAGGAGAUUAACUCUCGGCUAGAGGCGUCGGCUGCGGCUGCAGCCGCGUGGGCUGCUGCUAAUAACGCGAAUACAAGUAACGGAGUUGUCAGUGAGAGCAAAAAUGCUUCUAAUAGGAACGCUGGUGGUAGUGGUGAUGGCGGUGGUGCAAAAUCUGAGCAAGGGGUAGCUGUGGGUGCGGGGGGGUCGAGAGGAGUAGGAGGAACAGGGGGAACAGGGGGAGCAGGAGGAGGAGCAGCAGGUGCAGCAGGGUUGGGAUCGGUGGCGAGGUGGCAAGCUCCCUUUGAGUGGGACGCCCAGGUGGCUGGGAUUGGGCGCGAUGUGUUUGGGAUCGGACGGUUCCGAUCGCAGCAGAGGGAGAUUAUCAAUGCAGUGUUGUGCAAGAGAGACGUAUUCGUGAUCAUGCCAGCAGGCGGAGGAAAGAGCCUCUGCUACCAGCUGCCAGCACUGCUCUCUCCAGGCAUCUCCCUGGUCGUCAGCCCUCUUCUGUCCCUCAUUCACGACCAGGUCAUGUGUCUCUCAGGCUUUGGCGUGCCAGCAGCCAUGCUCACAUCUACAACAUCUAAGGAGGAGGAAAAGUCGAUUUAUAACACUUUGGAACAUGGAGGGGAAGGGGGGCUCACUAGUGCAGCCAGUGGGGCCAUGGCUUGCGUCCUGACCAUGCGCAUCCCUAGGCAAGCGCACUGCUGCAGCCAGUGGGGGCAUGGCUUCCGGCCUGACUAUGCCCCUCCCACCCAUUCACUUACCCCCACACCCCUGUUCAACCCCUCCUUCCUCCUCCCCCUUCAGCAAGCGCACUGCUGCAGCCAGUGGGGGCAUGGCUUCCGGCCUGACUAUGCCCCUCCCACCCAUUCACUUACCCCCACACCCCUCUUCAACCCCUCCUUCCUCCUCCCCCUUCAGCAAGCGCACUGCUGCAGCCAGUGGGGGCAUGGCUUCCGGCCUGACUAUGCCCCUCCCACCCAUUCACUUACCCCCACACCCCUGUUCAACCCCUCCUUCCUCCUCCCCCUUCAGCAAGCGCACUGCUGCAGCCAGUGGGGGCAUGGCUUCCGGCCUGACUAUGCCCCUCCCACCCAUUCACUUACCCCACACCCCUCUUCAACCCCUCCUUCCUCCUCCCCCUUCAGCAAGCGCACUGCUGCAGCCAGUGGGGGCAUGGCUUCCGGCCUGACUAUGCCCCUCCCACCCAUUCACUUACCCCCACACCCCUGUUCAACCCCUCCUUCCUCCUCCCCCUUCAGCAAGCGCACUGCUGCAGCCAGUGGGGGCAUGGCUUCCGGCCUGACUAUGCCCCUCCCACCCAUUCACUUACCCCCACACCCCUGUUCAACCCCUCCUUCCUCCUCCCCCUUCAGCAAGCGCACUGCUGCAGCCAGUGGGGGCAUGGCUUCCGGCCUGACUAUGCCCCUCCCACCCAUUCACUUACCCCCACACCCCUGUUCAACCCCUCCUUCCUCCUCCCCCUUCAGCAAGCGCACUGCUGCAGCCAGUGGGGGCAUGGCUUCCGGCCUGACUAUGCCCCUCCCACCCAUUCACUUACCCCCACACCCCUGUUCAACCCCUCCUUCCUCCUCCCCCUUCAGCAAGCGCACUGCUGCAGCCAGUGGGGGCAUGGCUUCUGGCCUGACUAUGCCCCUCCCACCCAUUCACUUACCCCCACACCCCUGUUCAACCCCUCCUUCCUCCUCCCCCUUCAGCAAGCGCACUGCUGCAGCCAGUGGGGGCAUGGCUUCCGGCCUGACUAUGCCCCUCCCACCCAUUCACUUACCCCCACACCCCUCUUCAACCCCUCCUUCCUCCUCCCCCUUCAGCAAGCGCACUGCUGCAGCCAGUGGGGGCAUGGCUUCCGGCCUGACUAUGCCCCUCCCACCCAUUCACUUACCCCCACACCCCUGUUCAACCCCUCCUUCCUCCUCCCCCUUCAGCAAGCGCACUGCUGCAGCCAGUGGGGGCAUGGCUUCCGGCCUGACUAUGCCCCUCCCACCCAUUCACUUACCCCCACACCCCUGUUCAACCCCUCCUUCCUCCUCCCCCUUCAGGAAGCGCACUGCUGCAGCCAGUGGGGGCAUGGCUUCCGGCCUGACUAUGCCCCUCCCACCCAUUCACUUACCCCCACACCCCUGUUCAACCCCUCCUUCCUCCUCCCCCUUCAGCAAGCGCACUGCUGCAGCCAGUGGGGGCAUGGCUUCCGGCCUGACUAUGCCCCUCCCACCCAUUCACUUACCCCCACACCCCUCUUCAACCCCUCCUUCCUCCUCCCCCUUCAGCAAGCGCACUGCUGCAGCCAGUGGGGGCAUGGCUUCCGGCCUGACUAUGCCCCUCCCACCCAUUCACUUACCCCCACACCCCUGUUCAACCCCUCCUUCCUCCUCCCCCUUCAGCAAGCGCACUGCUGCAGCCAGUGGGGGCAUGGCUUCCGGCCUGACUAUGCCCCUCCCACCCAUUCACUUACCCCCACACCCCUCUUCAACCCCUCCUUCCUCCUCCCCCUUCAGCAAGCGCACUGCUGCAGCCAGUGGGGGCAUGGCUUCCGGCCUGACUAUGCCCCUCCCACCCAUUCACUUACCCCCACACCCCUGUUCAACCCCUCCUUCCUCCUCCCCCUUCAGCAAGCGCACUGCUGCAGCCAGUGGGGGCAUGGCUUCCGGCCUGACUAUGCCCCUCCCACCCAUUCACUUACCCCCACACCCCUCUUCAACCCCUCCUUCCUCCUCCCCCUUCAGCAAGCGCACUGCUGCAGCCAGUGGGGGCAUGGCUUCCGGCCUGACUAUGCCCCUCCCACCCAUUCACUUACCCCCACACCCCUGUUCAACCCCUCCUUCCUCCUCCCCCUUCAGCAAGCGCACUGCUGCAGCCAGUGGGGGCAUGGCUUCCGGCCUGACUAUGCCCCUCCCACCCAUUCACUUACCCCCACACCCCUGUUCAACCCCUCCUUCCUCCUCCCCCUUCAGCAAGCGCACUGCUGCAGCCAGUGGGGGCAUGGCUUCCGGCCUGACUAUGCCCCUCCCACCCAUUCACUUACCCCCACACCCCUGUUCAACCCCUCCUUCCUCCUCCCCCUUCAGCAAGCGCACUGCUGCAGCCAGUGGGGGCAUGGCUUCCGGCCUGACUAUGCCCCUCCCACCCAUUCACUUACCCCCACACCCCUGUUCAACCCCUCCUUCCUCCUCCCCCUUCAGCAAGCGCACUGCUGCAGCCAGUGGGGGCAUGGCUUCCGGCCUGACUAUGCCCCUUCCACCCAUUCACUUACCCCCACACCCCUGUUCAACCCCUCCUUCCUCCUCCCCCUUCAGCAAGCGCACUGCUGCAGCCAGUGGGGGCAUGGCUUCCGGCCUGACUAUGCCCCUCCCACCCAUUCACUUACCCCCACACCCCUCUUCAACCCCUCCUUCCUCCUCCCCCUUCAGCAAGCGCACUGCUGCAGCCAUUCUGAAAAAGCAGUUUCCCAAGACGCCCAUGCUCGCCCUCACAGCAACAGCGACGGAGCGUGUGAGGGAUGAUGUGAGGGACAUGCUGCAAAUGCGUCGAUGCGAGCUGUUUGUCUCCUCUGUCAACCGGCCAAACCUCUUCUAUGAGCUGUUUGUCUCCUCUGUCAAUCGGCCUAAUCUCUUUUACGAGGUGAGAAUAAUGGAGGUGACUGUAUUGCAGAUGACUGUAUUCGAGAUGACUGCAUCAAAGGUGAUUGUGCGGGAGAAACCGGCUGGUGCAGCAGCUGCCGUGGAGUCAAUUGCGUCAUUCAUUCUGCAGCACUACACACCUUCUGGCUUGAUUCAAUCCAUACAUCCCCUCUCUGCCCCUCUCAGGUGCGGGAGAAACCGGCUGGUGCAGCAGCUGCCGUGGAGUCAAUUGCGUCAUUCAUUCUGCAGCACUACACACCUUCUGGCUUGA